UACACUUUCUCUCCCAAUCUCCCAUGCCCUUUGGGCGUUUUCCACUAUAGCCAUAGUUUUCUCUGGAAAAUACAAAAUUCUUCAUCCCCUUCUCAAAACCCCAGUAUCUUUUGGGUUUGUUAGAAUCAAUUGCACGUAGAUAAGCAUCACACAUUGCAUUCUAUUUUCUUCUCCAAACCAUUCAAGAAUUGUGUAGAGCUAUCCGAAUUCUGUGUUGUGCUGUUGGAACUGUGGUUUUCCAAUUAUCUGGUUUUGUGCGUAGCACACCACACCACACGACUACAGCAGCAUAAGACAGAGUGACAGACACCCCUUCUCUUCCUCUCCGCACCGCACUCUACCGCUACCAGAGUACCAGUUUUUGUGAUUUUAGAGGGCAGGGCUAAGCUGAAAUGGGUUGGAAAGCAGCUGAGAAACUCAUUAGGCACUGGAAAGUUCUCAGAGGGGACAAUGUUAUGAUAAUAAGGGGCAAAGAUAAGGGAGAGACUGGGAUUAUAAAGCGUGUUAUUCGCUCUCAGAAUCGUGUCAUUGUUGAGGGUAAAAAUCUGGUAAAGAAGCAUAUCAAGCAAGGGCAAGGUCAUGAAGGGGGCAUCUUUACAGUUGAAGCCCCACUUCAUGCCUCUAAUGUGCAAGUUAUUGACCCAGUGACAGGGAAGCCUUGCAAGGUUGGAGUUAAAUAUCUUGAAGAUGGUACUAAAGUCAGAGUAUCCAGAGGAAUAGGAGCAUCUGAGUCCAUAAUCCCUCGUCCUGAGAUCUUAAAGAUAAGAACUACCCCAAGGCCUUCAAUCCUUGGUCCCAAAGAUACUCCGUUGGAUCUUGUGUUAGAGAAGACUUACGAUGCUAAAACAGGAAGGGGCAUGCCUGAACUUUAGGGAGAUUAGGUGCCCUUAUUCCAAUUAGGUAGCUGCCAUCACCUGAACAGGAUAUGGCAUGAGUUUGUCACAUGUUUCCGGUUAUCGUGAUUUGGUUAAAUUGCUUUCAGAUUUUCUAGCAUAAUAUGAUUGUAUCUGGGAGUUACAAAUUACUUGUAGCUUUCUUUUACCUAUUUUAGACAUUACUAGUAGCUAGCAAAAAAAAAUUAUUUUUUCUAUUCAGUGGAUGUUAUAAGCUUCC